UGUUUCUCUACUGGUUCUACGUCUUCUCAGACCUACCUUUCAAAUCCCCAAUCUCUCCCUAAAUCCUAAUCGCCCCUAAAUCCCUCCUUGCAUUUAGAUCUGCAAAGUAAAAACCGUAUUCCUGUGUGUUUUCUCUUUUACUAUUUUGUUGUUGUUUGAAGACUCUGCCGGCGAGUUGCCACGAGGAAAUAAUGGCUCCGAUCCAGCGCGCGUUGAGUUCGGGAUCGGAAGGUAGCGGAGAUCCACCGAUAGUGUUGGACGAAAGGAAGAGGAAGAGGAUGCUCUCGAAUCGUGAAUCUGCACGCCGUUCGAGGAUGAGGAAGCAAAAGCAGCUGGAGGACCUCACCGAAGAGGUGACGAAGCUGCAGUCGGCGAAUAAGAACCUGGCGGAGGCCAUCAAGGCGAAGGAGGAAGCCAUGACGGAGACUGAGGCCGCCAACGGCGUCCUUAGGGCUCAGAUGACGGAGCUUACCGACCGUCUCCGGUUCCUUAACUCGAUCCUUGAGAUUGCCGAGGAUGUCAGUGGACUUUCCGUCGAUAUACCUGAGAUUCCGGAUCCGCUUCUGAAGCCAUGGCAGAUCCCUCACCCGAUUCAACCAAUCAUGGCUUCCGCAGACAUGUUCCUGCAUUGAUCUGAGGAUUCUUCCUUUUGUUACUCUAUCUGUAAUGUUAUGUUCUUUCUGUCGGCAUAUAGAGUCCCUCUUGGUCUCUGGUGGAAAUUUCUAGAAUUAGGUCAUUGUUGUUGCCAAUGUAGUUUAGAGGUCCUUUUUGUUUUCAUUGGUACCAUUUGUGUCUAAAUAAUGGAGGGACCUUGUCUUAAUUACUAUGAUUGCAUUAUUCCAAUUGGUGUUCUAUUGAGCGUCUUAAUGUGUCCAGUGUUAGUGUUUCUGGUUUCAUUGUAGCAGGGAACUAUAUUAUGCAUUAAGGGAAUAUUGUGUGCACUGUGCUUAUCUCUUUAAUAUUUGAUUCAGUGA